UCGAGCGUAUGGUUUCCUUAUUGUCGAUGGAUUUGCCAACUCGUAUAAAAAUGGCGUAUUUGUUUGAAAUUUUAUCGCUGAUUAUGCAGGUUUCUAGUCGAUGAUAACGGUCACACGACGUUAGCAGUGUUGAUAACCACGUAGCUAAGUAUGCUAGUAUAUUAGCUAUUGUUCGCGUGCGGAAAGUAGGUAACUGGAGUUAUCGAAUCAGAGUCGUCGUCGUUGCCAACAAAUUGCACUUGCAGGAAGAAAGUGUUGGAAGUGGAGUUUCCUCGAACGUCGAUACGUAAGAACGUAAAGUGAUCAACUGUACUCUUCGAAGUCGAAAUAGCUACGUUUCAGCUUCAAAAACUGACAGGAAAACUGCCAUAUUCGUUACAAAUACAUUCUACGUGAUUUUUUCCUCAUUUUUGAAUUCCUACACUCGAAGUUAUCUUCAAUUAUAGAUACGAUAACGACUGUAAAUACACACCAUUGCUAUAAUAAAUAAUCAACCGAAGCACCGAAACCGAAGCUUUAUCGAUAAGUUGGAUUUCAAGUAUUUCGACGUGUGUAAAUGUGACUCAACUCGUACCUACAAAUCAUGGUUACCCUGAAGAAAACAGAUAUAGAAUUCGUAACGUCAGACUACGAAGAAGACGGAUACCUGGAAUAUAUUCGUAAAAGCGAUACCCCCAGUUUUGACGGAGAAGACCACGACGUAUCCGACUCGUUACUCACAAUACCCAGCUCAUGGGCUGCCACUAAUUUCGUAAUAGCCGAAGAUGACGACGACGAAGGCUCGUGCUCGGUCGAAACCGAAUUUGUGCACAGGAAAAACUUAUUCAAUAAGAAAAACACCAUUAAAGAUGUACGAGUUAAAUUUCAAGACCUGUCUAAACCUUAUCUAGCUCGUAUUACCACUAAUGAAAAUUACUUGAAAUUCUUACAUCUUGUCAAAGGUGAAGAUUCGAUCGGAGAAUCGCUCCAAUCUCCUGAUUCUGGCAUCAACGAAUUCCUAGGAUUAACACCGGAAGAACAAGAGAAGCAGAGGAAGGCAUGGCAAGAAGAAUUAACGAAUAUUGAAAAUGAAAUACAAACAUUACGUCACGUGCUGACCUCCAAAACCAGACAAGCACACGAACUGAAAAGAAAAUUAGGUAUCAGCGUUUGGAAAGAGAUCCAAGAUGAUAUGUCUCAGGGAAUCAAGAACGUUAAAGAAUCUAACGUCUACCAAAACGUAGAAGAAAAAGUUGGCCAGAUUAGUAAAGCAGUAACCGAAGCUCCUUUGUAUCAGAAAACCGAAUCUGUGAUAAAGCCUUUUGCCGAACGUACGACAUCGUUGAUCGGUGAUUUUGGUAGUGGAAUUACAAUGAAAUUAGGUCAAUUGAAGAAUUCAGAAUCUCUGCGAUCGAUCGAAGAAAAAAUGGGCUCUGCGUAUGAAACUGUUAAGUCUCGUGUCAUUCCAUCCCGAUCUAAUUCCGUGCAGUAUUUAGACGAAGCUUUGAGAGAAGCCGAUAUUAACCGUAGCAAAAGCGUCAGCAAUACUCCAGCCACUACUCCGACUAUCGCCGAAUAAUCUCUGAUAGAAAAAUGUUUUCAAACAAAAAUCCCAUCGUAUUAAUAAAAUUAAUUAAGCUUUUACAUACCUAUAUAAAUAUUUUCCUCUGUACGUCGCCGUUGAUCGCGUGCUCGAUGUGAGAUUUUUCUUUUCCUUUUUAUAAGAGCUUUUCACGUAUAUUGUAAUAACACUGUAAGAUAUAAAGCGAUUAAAAUUUUGAAAAUACAAUAAUUUCUGUUAACGGAUAUUAUCAUAAUAAGGGUUAAUAUGUUUAUUUCUGUUUUUUUUUUUUUUUUUGGUUUAUUUUCAUCAAAAGUUUGUCCGUCGGUUUCUUUUAUAGGUUUUAUGCACAGUGUAUAUAAUACGAUUUUUUCAAGUAUUCAUUUCUCAGCUCUAGUUUAUUAUAUUAUUUUAGCGCUGUAAAUAUACUACGCCGAACAUUCAGCAUUAAUUACACUGUCGCGCCUACAUUUUGUGUACCUUCUGUCAAUCAUGUAUGAUAUAUUUUUUUAAUUUAUACAUUUUUUUGCCCAUUUUGUUAUAGCUAUUUUAACGAAUAUAAGUUUUAAAGCAACAUUUUAUUUUCACCGAACUUUGUCAAUUUCUCUUAGUGUAUGUGUACCUACCUUUUUUUUUUGUUUUAAUAUUUAUAUAUAAAAUAUAUACGUCCUAGCUGCGAUA